UGCCGAGCCUCCGUAUGUAACUAAGCUUUCUGGAAAGCGUAUUGGGCUGUUCCCUCUAGGGUUACACAUUCGUACUACAUUACAUAAUUAGUAGUUCGUGGUUAUUAAUUACCUGUUCUGUACCAGGUAGUUUCAGGGUGAAGUCAAUGGUCCAGAUCCACGGCAUCUUCCCACAGCACCUUCCAGUAUUCUCUCAGGGCCACUCUUACUACAACCGUGUCAUUCGUAGAUUUCCCUCUUUAUCUCAGAUCUCCUGCUAGACAAUCUCACUCGCGUUGAAAAAUGAACACUAUCACCUCCAACCGACAACCAAUCCAUCCAUGUCGUCUCCCCAACCUUCACAGGAUCCCCUACAAGUCCUACCUGAAACGGAACCAACGGAACCAACGGUGAUCAAAACGGAGACUCCAGACGACAAAGAAUCCGGAGAUGCCAAAAGAUCAAAGAAAGCGCCAGUAGCCAAGAAGCCAAGCGCUGAGGUGUUACAACGUCGUAAGGAGGGCAGAAUCAAAGCAGCAGCCACAAUUGCUCAGAACUUAAAGAAGACAGGAAUCGGGAGAUUUGAGCAACAAAACGGGUUUGGCUUGACCAGUGUCAGACCCAUUCCCCUUAUCAACCAGAAGAACUACUUCACCGAAUACUUGAGGAAGGAUGAACAGAUAUCCUUCAUCAGAAACUGGAGAACAGAAAAGUACCUCCAACAAAAGCUCAAGAACAAUGGCCAGAGUGAAAACACAGCUGCAAAGGGAGAUGGGGCUAAUAACUUCGAUGACUUUGACUUGAAUGAUAUCGAGGCAGAAAUGAACAAGAAGAAGAUUGCAACCACAGAAGCAGACGACGAGGAAGAAGAAGAUGACGAAGAAAACGAGACUGAAGAAACUAGAGAGGAGAAGGCCAAGAUUGGUCAUGAUACUAUUAUUAUUCAUCCCGGUUCAUCGUACCUUAGAAUAGGACGCGCCACUGACGCCGUGCCUGUGACCAUACCCACAGUCAUAGCUAUACCUAGGAAAAACGAGUCUAAGCAAUCAAACCGCGAACCUCUUCCCACAAGAACUGUAAAUGAAAAUGGUGAAACAACCUUCGGAAGCGAUUUUGAGGAACACAAGUCAGUUGUCACCAAAGAUUUUAAGGCCAGAAUGAGGUUCUAUAAGCGCAGAAUCUUGCCCAACUCCAGGGAAGCUGCUGCAAAUUAUAACAAGAAGCAGGAGCCCGAAAGAAUUGCCGAUCACAAUGAUCCUUACAAGAAGGAAUGGAUUGAUGUAAAUUCACCAGAAUUUAAAACUAAGAAGUUUUUCGUUGGUGAUGAAGCACUCAAGUUACCUUUGAACCCUAAAAACUUUGACAGUUGGUUGCUCAGGUAUCCAAUCAUCAAUGGAAAUUUUAACGAACAUUCCGAAGACUACAAUUCCCCUCAAGAAAUUUUGGGUGAUAUAGCUAAUAUUGUGGUAGAGGCUUUAAACCAACUUGACAUCAAGAAUUUGUCACAACUCAAAGCGAUGUUGGUCAUACCUGACUUGUAUGACAAGGUUUACGUUGAAACUUGGGUUGACACUUUGUUCAAGUUUGUUGGAUUUGGAAGGGUAGGUAUCCUUCAAGAGGCAGUGGCUGCUACAUUUGGUGCCGGUGCUACAUGUGCAUGUGUAGUCGAUGUCGGUGCCCAAACCACAUCCAUUAGUUGUGUGGAUGAAGGAAUGAUUAUUACAGACUCAAGAGUCCAUCUUAAUUUUGGUGGUGACCAAAUUACAGAAACAUUCAUGAAGUUCUUAUUAGAGAGCUCUUUUCCUUACAAAAACAUUGACUUAGGAAGUAGGCUGGAUGAUUGGGAACUUGCCCAAUCCUUGAAACAUAACUUCGCCACUUUUCAAGAUGCUGAUAUUGCAGUUCAAUUAUACAAUUUUUACAAAAGAAAGCCUUCCGAAACCACUGAGAAAUACGAAUUCAAGGUUUUUGAUGAAGUCAUGUUAGCGCCACUAGGAUUGUUUUAUCCCGACUUGUUCCAAAUAGACAAAGCAAAGCCAUCAAUUCCUUCAUUGGCUUCAUCCGCUUUACCAAACAACACUUACAUCAAAAGAUUAUUUCCCCCAUCAGUUGACCAUUACUCAGGCAAAAGUAACAACCCUACGUCCAAGUCACAAGAUGACUUGAAGACCAAAUUGGCUUAUUCGGACCAAACCGAAGAAGACUUAUUAAUCAAAUUGGCGGAAAACAGACUUUUCAAACCAGCCCCAAAUCAACUGCUCAGCAAGGCGUUGAAAAAGGACAUCCACAAUGUACCGCUCGAAAAGGCAAUUAUUGAGUCUAUCACCAAUGCUGGCUUAGCUACUGACUUGAGUAAAGUCAAGAAGUUCUACGACAACUUGUUGAUUGUGGGUGGAGGAUUUGCCAAAAUUCCUGGGUAUGACUUGAUUCUUUCAGAUAGAAUCAAUAUCUGGAGGCCCAAGUUAUUGUCAAACAGUGCCCUUGACCAGAUUGUCACUUAUGUUUUGGCUGAAAUUAAAAAGGUGGAAGAAGCAAAAAAGCAAAUGAUCCAUGACUUAAAGAGUUCAAAACGUGAGAGCCCCGAAAAACCCUUGGAUGAUAUUGAAUUGACUGAAGCUGAGAUUGCAGAAAUCGAAAGCAAAACUCAAGUCAAUUUAGAUCUUGACUACGUGGAUUCCUUGUGUGACCAAGGCCAGGUAUUGCCAGUCAACGUAUUACCUCCUCCAAGAGAAUUUGAUCCAGAAAUGUUGACAUGGAAGGGAGGAAGUGUCUAUGGCAGAUUGAAGGUGGUGAACGAAAUGUGGAUCACCCAAAAUGACUGGGAUUUAUUGCAGUCCAGGUGUUUGUACUAUAAGAGUAUUUUUAAUUAUUGAUCUACAGGCUCAUACAAGAUAAAUUGAUUUUUUGAUCUGUAGUGUAUAUUCGUCUCGCGAAAAACAAUGUCGAAAGUAUGAAUGAGUUCAUCAGGGAUGAAAUGCAAAGAAGCCUUGAGUGAGCUAGUGAAGCUAGGGA